AUGGUGUGGCUCAUAGAUCUUCCCCAACUUUUGUCUAAUCCAUUUUAUGUUGGUGGAGACUCGUAUACUGGUAUUGUUGUUCUACCUCUUACGCUAGUAAUCUCGAAAGGAAAUAAAGAUGUUGUCCCACAUAUAAACCUUCGGGGUUACAUAUUGGGAAAUCCAGUCAUUGUACGUAAAACAAAUGAUAAUUCCAAAGUUCCAUAUGCUCAUAGAAUGAACCUCAUCCCCACUCGACUAUACGAGUUAUUGAGAAGCAAUUGCAAAGGAGAAUAUGAGAACGUUGAGCCAGAUAGCAUGGAGUGCAUGAAACGUGUAGCAGCCUUCAAAAAGAAUCAAUCAUUGGUGAAUUACGUGCCCUUUUUGUGA